CAUCAUGUCUACCCCAAUGUAAAAUAAAGAAAAAGUUAAAUUAUCUACUCAUUGACCUCUUAUAGUACGAACACUGAGUCAUCUAGUCAAGAUACUCCAAGUGCACAUACUCAAAGAACUGCCAUCUUUCUUCGCUCUUCAAGAAAAAUCAUUUUGACAGGUUCAGAAACUGAAGAAGAGGCUAGGGCUGCUGAAAAUGUACCCAUCAGAUUAUCAAAACAAAUAACCUUCAAUGAUGUACACACACAACGUGUUCAUAUGAAACAAAAACUAGCUGCUGGUUUUAGACUUCUUUCAAAGUUUGGAUGGGAUGAAGGUGUUGCUGGUCAUAUGACCCUCAGAGACCCUGAAUAUCCGGACCUCUUUUGGGUUAAUGCCUUUGGCCAAUAUUUUGGACACAUCAAGGCAAGUGACCUUGUUCUUGUUGACCAUUCUGGUGCUAUCGUAAGAGGGAACCGCACUGUAAACAAAGCAGCCUUUGUCAUUCAUGAAGCUGUGCAUAAAGCUCGUUCGGAUGUCACUUGUGCAGUUCACACACACUCUAUGUAUGGAAAAACAUUUUCAACCUUUGGCAGAAAGCUCUUACCUAUUUCACAAGAUGCAUGCGCAUUCUACAAUUCACAUGGAGUCUAUAAUGACUUUGGUGGAAUAGUCUAUGAUAAAGAAGAAGGACAACGUUUAGUCAAUGCAAUGGGUCCUACCAAUAAGGCACUCAUUCUUAAAAAUCACGGCAUAUUAACUGUAGGAAAAACAGUAGACGAGGCUAUCUGGUGGUUUAUUUGUAUGGAAAGGUGCUGUCAAUCACAACUACUGGCUGAAGCUGCAUCCCCUGAUGGUUACAAAGGUCUAUCUUUGAUCUCUGACCAAGUCGCAGAACAGACAGCCAAAGUUCUAGGAGAUAGCCUUUCAGGUUACGCUAUGUUCCAACCAAUGUAUGACAUGAUUAUCAGAGAACAACCAGACUGCUUGGAGUAAAUUGCAGAGUUUACUUGUACACUUUAUUAAAUUUUGAAUGAACAACGUACUCUAUUUUUGCCUUCAACACAGUUUAUUAAGGGAGAGAAUCUAUGGCUGCUAUUUAUGCACGAUAAUCAGAUAGAGAAAAGAAUGCAUAUGCCCUACCAUAUGUUUAUAAUCAAGUAUUAUAGAUUCAUUUCACCAAACACGUCAGUUGUCGUAUUUGCCCCUGUCCAAUGCUAAUCUUUACGUGUGAGAUUACUUUUGACUUAAUUACAUGUACCUUAGUAUUCUGAUCUCUUUUAAAACAACCUAAUUUCUUUUUGCUAUGAGCUCCUCCC